AUGAAUCCACUGACACACCACGGGCAAACUGCCGUACCGUACUUUACUGAUAACUUAAUGAUGCACGAGCCGAGCCAGGCGUGCUUAGCAGAUGGACACCGACUCCAUCAUCAACAUCAGGAUUUCGACCCAGAUUUUGCCAAAGGGAUCUACAAUCUUCGCCCGCGCUCCGGGCCCGGCAUCGCGCCAAACUCACCGAUCAAAACGGACGAGGAAUUCCAUCUCCCGCCAAAGCAGAAACGCCCGCGAAACUCACUCAAGAAAAGAUUACUGGUCAACGCUCGUGAAAGAGAACGAAUGCGGGUGUUAAACAACGCGUUCCAAUCGCUAAGGGACGCUCUUCCUUGUUACAUCGCCGACGGGCAUAUGGCGAAGAUCACUACUUUGAGACUCGCUAUAAACUAUAUCAAAGCACUGACGGAUGUGUUAAGAGAUGAGUCCAGCACUGGCGAACAUGGCGGUCCGUCGUCCUGUCCGUCGAUGGCCGUGGCCCCGAUGAUGCUUAUCCACACUACCCCGUCCUCGACAAGCUACUAA